UGCUUCUUCCUGUGUUGUAUGUGAGGGCAGGACUAGUGUCCAAGUUUGCGUGAAGGAAGCUGCAGCACGGUGGAGUAGGGAGGACACACGAUCACUUAUCUCCAUCGAUAGCUUCAUCUUGGCACAUGAAGAUGUUCCAGUGUUUGCACACCAUGUUGUUCCUCUCGGUUUUGGUGGCGUUUGCCGCCUGUGACGCUCCUCCGGUCCCGUUAGACGACAUCAUUAUUGAGAAAACCUUCGUGCCAGAGCAAUGCCUGCGCGCAGUCAAAGUGGGCGACUAUGUCAGGUAUCACUACAACGGCAUGUUUCCCGACGGAAAGAAGUUCGACUCCAGUUACGACCGCAGCAGCACCUACAACGUGUUUGUUGGCAAGAAGCAGCUGAUCGAGGGCAUGGACAAAGGUCUGGUGGGGAUGUGCGUCAACGAGAGGAGACUGGUCAAGAUCCCUCCUCAGCUGGCCUAUGGAAAGAGAGGAUAUGCUGACAUCAUCCCUCCUGACUCCAUCCUUCAUUUUGACGUCCUGCUGCUGGACGUGUGGAGCCCAGAGGACGGCGUGCAGAUCAACACUUACCACACGCCGUCCAUUUGCUCCAGAAAAGUGGAGGUGUCAGACUACGUACGCUACCACUACAACGGGACGCUGCUAGAUGGGACGCUCUUUGACUCCAGUCACACACGCAUGCGAACGUACGACACCUACGUUGGCAUUGGCUGGCUGAUCGCUGGUAUGGACCAGGGGCUUCUGGGAAUGUGCGUUGGAGAGAAACGCAUCAUCACGAUGCCUCCAUCUCUGGGUUAUGGAGAGAAUGGAGAUGGCAGUGACAUCCCAGGACAGGCCUCUCUGGUGUUUGACGUUGUCCUGCUGGACCUGCACAACCCCAAAGAUGGAAUCGCAGUGACCAAUCAGGUGGUGCCUGAGUCCUGCACGAGGAAGACCAUUGCUGGAGACUUUGUGCGUUACCACUACAAUGGAAGCCUCCUGGAUGGAACCUUCUUUGAUUCCAGCUACUCCCGCAAUCGUACCUAUGACACCUAUGUGGGCCGAGGGUAUGUGAUUGCUGGUAUGGACGAGGGUCUAAUAGGAGUGUGUGUUGGGGAGAGACGUACCAUCACAAUUCCCCCGCAUCUGGCCUAUGGAGAGGAGGGCACAGGCUCUAAGAUCCCUGGUUCUGCCGUGCUGGUGUUUGAGGUCCACAUCAUUGACUUCCACAACCCAUCAGACAGCACGGAGGUCACCGUCAAUUAUAAGCCAGAGGAGUGCAGUAAGGCAACAAAGAAGGGAGACUUUGUGAAGUAUCACUACAACGCCUCACUGAUGGACGGCACAUCCAUCGACUCCACAUAUGCUUAUGGAAAAACGUACAACAUUGUCCUGGGAGCUAACCAGGUGGUUCCUGGGAUGGAGGACGGACUUCUGGACAUGUGUGUGGGAGAGAAAAGGCACAUUGUUAUUCCUCCUCACCUAGGCUACGGGGAGAGAGGAGUCACUGAUGAAGUUCCAGGAAGUGCCGUUUUGGUGUUCGACGUUGAGCUAAUUGACUUAGAGGAAGGACUUCCUGAAGGCUACAUGUUCAUCUGGAAUGAAGACGUGUCACCUGACCUGUUCUCAGAGAUGGACAAGAACAAGGAUGAUCAGGUGGAACCCUCCGAGUUCACCGACUACAUCAUGCGACAGGUGAAUGAGGGUAAAGGGCGCCUGGCACCAGGCUUUGACCCCUAUCGCAUCAUCGACAACAUGUUCUCCAACCAGGAUAGAAAUGGAGACGGGAAAAUCACAGAGGCAGAAUUCAAACUUAAAGCAGAUGAAGCUGCUGCUCAUGACGAACUAUGACGAGGCCAAGUCUAAAAAUCUGUUCAGGGAGUGAGGAGGAGGGUUAGUUCAGGGAAAUUUGGGGUCAAAAAGUAAGGGGUUAAUAGGGUUAAUGUGUAAACUUUGCACAUAAGCAGCAAGUUUUUAAUUGAGGGGUGAGAUUGAGACUGUAGAAGGGUGUCUUAUCCUUGAAGAAGAGUCAACUAAAGGUUGGAAGGAGCACGUCGAACAUGAGGACUACGGGGAAGAUUUUCAUAGGAGUUUUUUUUUUUUUGUGAAAGGGUACUAGAGCACUCCGGUUUCAGAAAAGAAACCUUAGCUUCAUUUUUCCAAUGCCCUUUCUCGACUUCUACUGUUUUUUGCUUGUUAGUUUUUUAAGAGUUUUUUUUUUUUUUUUUUUAGUAACAUUUGACCGACUAUAUCUUUGAGAAGAAUUACUCUAAAAAGAACAAAUGAGUUUAUUUCCUUACGGCUGCUGAGGUAGGAUAAGUAAAAAUAAUAAUAAUAUUUGUUUAAAUCUAAAUGCAGAUCCAAACGUCAAAACUGACCACUGAUGUUUUCUGUAUUUACCAUUGAGGUUUCUGUGUGUGUGAGAUAGUGUUUGUUUUCCACUGUUUCACUCAGUUUUGCAGCACCAUCACACACUUAUUUAUGAGUGAGAGUAGGUGAUAAUGUGAACUGAGGGUUUUACUCUUAGAAAAUGUUGUGUUUACACGAGACAGACAUCGUGCUGUCAGUCAUACUCUAAUUGCUAUAAAUGGGUUCUUACUAGUAAAAGUUCAAUGUUCUAAAGCACACAUUCAAACCAUGUAUUUGAUCUGAUCAAUACUGUGUUCAGUAUGUCUAACAGGUGAAAUAUUAUUUAUGUCUGUAAAUACUCAAAAUCAGACAUAUAUAUUAAAAAAAAGUUGUCCAUGAUUGGUGUGUUUUGUCCAGAAGAACCACAUGUUGUUCCCUGCUACAAGUUACUUAAACGUGUUAACUGUUGGUUAUUAUGGUCUUCCAUCUGGUUUUUGUCUACGUACAGAUGUUGGGGUGAGUGAGUGAGUCAGUCAGUCAGUGAGUGAAUGUAGUCUAUGUUUUACCUUUUAAUUCAGGAAAAUUCUGGCCCUUGUUCCUUACAUUGUCCACGGUUUUUAUUUCAAUAAAAUGACCUGACCAACAAAA